CCGGGACAGAGGGUUAGCAACGUUAACGGAGAGGCUUAGGGCACAGUCCCCACCCCCACGCGGUAGCUGUGGGGCCCUCCCAAACACCUUUCUGUCUGCUUCAUCCCCAGCCGUCAUGACCCUAAGCCUAGAACCUCGCUUGCAGGGGUCAUCAGUGGCCUGCGAUGUGGGAUGAGGGCCAGAGACCACCAAGUUGGGGCUGUGUGCUCCUGUGGCCUAGAGGAUCCGCAUCCUGUGGAGACGCGCCGGGGACACCUAUUGUGAAGUUCGCCAGCCCUGGCACCCGAGGAAGUCCCUCCCAGCUGUGGCACUUCCUCUCAUCCUCCUGGGCCUGAAAAGGGGGUGUGGACAGCAGGCCUGGGGGCCCAGGACACCGGCCCGGGCUGGACCCCCAAGGGCCGACUGUAAGAACGGCCCUCCCUCCAGUGCCCCCGUCUGGGGUGGGGGUGGUGCAAAGCCCGGGAGGGGUGGUGUAAAAAGAGGAACCAGGCCGGGUGAGGAGAGGAGGAGCAGGAGGGGGCCCUGGGUCACGAGGCCCCGGCACUGCCGGAAAAGGGCUCUCCUCCACCCCCAUCAGCCCGGACACUUGGGCAGGGGGUGUUCAAAGCCGGAGGCGAAACCCAAGCGAUACUGGAGGCGGCUCCUUCCCUGCCUCGGCUUCCCCUCUGCGUGCAUCCGGGUACCUCACUCCCAGCUGUGCACUGGGUCGGGGUCCUCAGAGGCCCCGGGGCCACUCCAGGGCCUGGGGGGACGGAAGGUGAGGACCGAGGGGUGACGGCUCGGUCCGUCGCCGGCCGGGGGCGGGGCUGUGAGGCCCGCGCUCGGAGAUCCCCGCCCGCCGGUUUCCUCCGGGGUCAGCCCGGCUCCUUAUCAGGCGCGGCCAGUCGGCCAGGCCCUUAUCUGUGCCGGUCCAGCAUCCUCCGGCGCGGCCGGGGGUGAGAGGGAGGAAACUGGGCCGCCGGGGGCGGGGAGAGGGCGGGCCGGCCAGGAGCAGCUCACUUUCCCUCGAGGGAUCCACGCUGCCGUCGCGGCGGCCUUCGGGAGCCCGGGAAGAGGCGCGGCCCCCACGCCGCUGCCGGGAGGGGGCGGCAAGCUCCCAGCGGCCCUGAACGCAGAGGCCAGACCGGAUCGGGGCCACGGAGCCUGGCCUGAAACCCAACCGCAUCCUGGCCCUGAAGGACAGAGCUAGGGCACUCACCAAACAGGAGGACCAGCGCCGGGGUGAGCACCCCCUUGGGGUCCAUGUGCCCUCCCCAGGCCCAGGCAGAGGUGGGCCCCACCAUGACUGAGAAGGCCGAAAUGGUGUGUGCCCCCAGCCCAGCACCCACUCUGCCCCCCAAGCCUGCCUCGCCUGGACCCCCGAAGGUGAAGGAGAUGGGCCACCAAGGCUCCUCACCCCCCAGGCUGCCUCCUGGCGUGCCAGUGAUCAGCCUGGGCCACACCAGGCCCCCAGGGGCAACCAUGGCCACCACGGAGCUGAGCGCCCUGCGGCCCCCACUGCUACCACUCUCUACCCUGGGAACUGUCCCACCGCCCCUGGCCCUGCAUUAUCACCCUCACCCCUUCCUUAACAGCCUCUACAUUGGGCCGGCAGGACCUUUUGGCAUCUUCCCUAGCAGCCGACUGAAGCGGAGGCCAAGCCACUGUGAGUUGGAGCUGGCUGAGGGGCACCAGCCCCAGAAGGUGGCCCGGCGUGUGUUCACCAACAGCCGGGAGCGCUGGCGGCAGCAGAACGUGAAUGGCGCCUUCGCAGAGCUCAGGAAGCUGCUGCCAACGCACCCGCCCGACCGGAAGCUGAGCAAGAACGAGGUGCUCCGCCUGGCCAUGAAAUACAUUGGCUUCCUGGUGCGGCUGCUGCGCGACCAGGCGGCCGCUCUGGCCGCAGGCCCCGCCCCGUCCGGGCCCCGCAAACGGCCCGCGCACCGGGGCCCCCACGACGCCGCCCGCCGCGGGCCUUGUCGCAGGGCCGAGGCAGUAGUGCGCUCGCAGCCCGCGCCCUCGGCCGGCCCCGACGGCAGCCCCGAUGGGGCGGCCCGGCCCAUCAAGACGGAACGAGCGGCCGUGAGCCCUGAGGUGCGGUGACCUCCGCAGCGUUGCCUCUGAGCCGAGGGGCACCGGGAACUCAGCCCAGGGCGGUCGAUGCCCUGCGCCUGCUCUGGAGCGAACUCCCCCGAAGAGAGACCAGUGAGGACGUCCGCAACGGGGUCUGGAAAGGCGACUGUCGCCCCCAGGGGCCCCGCAGACCUUUUUUUUUUUUUUUUUUCAUCACCCACCGCCCGCUGGAAAUCGCCUUUUCCCGCGUCUCCCUCCCGGGGACGAGGUCCGGGAACCAACAUGGCAGACAGGUCAUCGGACUAAAGUGGUGCCUCUUUUUUCCGGGCUGGGUCGCGGAGAGAGGUGGGGAGGGACCGGGGAGUCUUUGCCCUUUUCACCGGCGCCCCCUCCUGGAGACUCGUGGAUGCACGCCCCUGGACCGCGUCGGCGGAGGCGCAGAAUCGACGCCGCGACCCACCCCACCAAUCCCAAACCGGUCCCCGUACGAUGGCGUUAGCGAAGGCUCGGGCGCUCUGACUUUUGUUUUUCUUUAUUUCUUUAUUUCACAUACACAUUAGCCAUUCAAUGGAGAAGCCGGAGAGAGUCAGGCAAAGAUGGUAUAACAGAAGCGCAGUGACGGGGGCGGGGCGGGGCGGGGCGGGGCGGAGAGGGAACAGACGGGCUGGCUGCCUACUUGCAUUCCGCUAGGACACUGAAAACCCAGAAAACAAAACAGACAGUAAACUACCCUUGUUUCUUAUGUAUCUCAGUGCAGAGACGGGGGUGGAGGGCAGAGAGGGGGGAGACCAGGCUGAAGGAGGAGGAGCGGAGGGACAGGGGACGCUAAGGGGGAAGCACACCAAAUCCAUUAGUACUAUAUAUAGAGAUACUCGUAUAUACUGCGUUUCUUAGCCUAAGAAGAAACUUGUUUGACGGGACGGGCGGCCUUUGCGGUCCGCGAUGCUGGUGCUGGUCGGGCGCACGGAUCUCCCGGGAGGGGCCGAAGCGGGGCUGGCCCAGGCUGGCUUGGGGGGGAGGGGGGCGCCCCGAGGGUGGGGGGGGAGCAGAGGCGGGGCUGGGGUGCCCCUCGGGCUCUCGAUUGGGGGACGAAAUUUCUCGUGACUUUAUUGCUCCUUUAUUUUCUCUCGUGUGUGGGGGGGGGUCCGUUCAGCACGGUCGGGGUGAGGAAAUGGUGGGUCGUCUGAGCCACCCGGCCCCUCUGGGACCCAGAGCGCGGCGUCCGCUCCGCCAGCACGGGGGUGAGAACAAGGCACUAGGUCGGCCGGCCAGCGCGGGGGCGGGUGUGUAAGGCAGUCGACGGGGCUGGUUGCAGGGUGGGGUGGGGCUGUGUGCGGGGCCGUGUGCGUGCGUGCGUGCGGGCGCGGGCCUGGGCGAAUCGACCUGUCAGCUUGGCUGGUCCUGUCCUGGAGCUUCGAGCCUUCCUCCUGCUCCCCGGUGGGUGACGGGGGUCGGGGUAGGGGUGGGAGGAGUGAUGUUGAGUCGGGGGCGCCGGGGAAAAGGGAGGGUAACUACCAACUUGCUGAGCGCGCUCCUGAUAAUGCUGGUGAGGGUCAAGUUGGCGUCUGGCUCAAAGAAGGGCGCUCGGGGCGGAGAGGGAGGGAGGGAGGGGACGUUUGUUCGUUGGCAUUGACCUCUGCGGGGGAGGGGCUGGGGACCCCCCCCGCCGCGCCCCCGUGCCCGGACGGGGAUGAGGCGAGGAGGGGGCGCUGGGGAGGGGGCGCCCGGGGAGACCCGCGGCCAGAGCAGCCCAGCCGCCGGGCGUAUGCCGCUGUCCCGUUCCGUUAAACUCAACAAAGAAGGGAUAUGCGUGUUCCUAACAAGUGCAGGAUAUUUAAUUGAUUCAUAAACUUAUGUAUAAUAGUUUGUGGGUUUUUUUUUUAAACGUACUUUAUAAUGUAAGAAGCACCAGGGUUUUUAUGUUGAAUUAUCUUAAAAAUAAUUUUCUCUCGUCCUUUUCCUUUUUGAUCUUGUGGUUUUGUUUUGUUUUUUUUAAUGUCGAGGUUUUUUUUUUUUAACUCUAAAAUGUGAACGUUUCCUUCAGCCCUCCCACCGAAACCGAGAACGAACGACGAAACAAAUAAAAAC